AUGUCAGCUCUCAAGAGCUUUCAAUCCGAAAUCCAGGAAAUUCAUGCACGGGAACUCGCCCGCCAACGUGGCCAAGCUAGUGGAGCUCCUGCUUUGCGGAAUGUAAAUCCCAAGAAGCUACAGGCGCUUGAGGAAUCUAAUAUUACCGGUGAACCACCUCCAUCCAGGGAUGCCGGUGCCGAGGAUGAGGUCGAGGCCGUCCUUGCAUUACUAUCUAGCCAUGACUAUGACCGAGCACGUACCUCCGUAGCACAACUCAUCACUGGAUGCAAAGGCGAAUAUAUAUUCCGCAUUGGCUCUCGGCCACCCCAUACACCACUAUUUGCCGGAGAGAGCGUGGACGAAGCAACAGGAUGGUCGGGGAUACCGCGAACCGACGCCGAAGUCACUUCGUUGCAAUCGUCAGUUAAAAAGGUGGUGGAAGAGCUGGGUGGAAAGACAUCCGUUCUCUUCGAAAUCACUGACGACCACCACCCACGCGCAACUCUGCUACUACGAUUACCUCCACCCAGUAUUGAAUUAGUUCCCGAGGUGCGCUGUGCGGUCGUUGGUAACGUUGAUUCGGGCAAGUCUACGACACUAGGAGUCCUAACACGCGGUCCUCUGGAUGAUGGAAGAGGCCGAGCUCGUGUAGCACUAUUCCGACAUAAACACGAAAUUGAGACUGGACGAACAUCUAGUGUAGGGAUGGAGAUUCUAGGUUUCUCGACUGCUGGAACUCCCGUGCUUCCAAAUAUACCGCUAUCUGCUGACGCAGACGUGAUUCGACGUGAUAAGCUGGGCUGGGACGAAAUUUCAGCGCAGUCAGCCAAGAUAGUUUCUUUCAGUGAUCUUGCGGGCCACGAGCGAUACUUGAAAACUACUCUGUACGGGCUGACGUCCGGGGCGCCAUCGUGUGUGAUUCUUAUGGUUGGUGCCAACGCCGGGCUUAUUGGCAUGUCAAAAGAGCAUCUGGCGAUAGCUCUGGCUUUAAGCGUUCCCGUGGUUGUCUGUAUUACCAAGAUUGAUAUGACCCCACCUAACAUUCUUGCUGAGACCACGAAACAGGUAGUGAAGAUUCUGAAGAGCCCCGGAUGCAGGAAAACUCCAGUUUUUGUGGACUCAAUAGAAAUCGCAGUUGAAUCAUCGCAGACAUUUGCGCAAUACAAACUGUGCCCUAUUUUCCGUAUCUCUAAUGUCACCGGAGAAGGUCUUGACUGUCUGCGCACAUUCUUGAAUCUCCUUCCAUCCAGCGAAGCCGAUACUGAGACAUUUGCAACUGAUCAGCCGCUUGAGUAUUCGGUCACUGAUGUCUGGUCUGUCCCAUACGUGGGGACAGUCGUCAAUGGUAUUCUCAAUAGCGGAAGUGUCAAGACAGGUGACGCCAUCCUCUAUGGACCGGACUCCAAUGGACACUUUCAAUCGACCAUGGUGAGGAGCAUGCAACGAAAACGCGCUGAUGUCGCGACAGCCGAGGCUGGCCAAUGCGUUGCUCUUGCUCUCAAACGAGUGAAACGUGCGGCUGUGAGAAAGGGCAUGGUCAUUGUGCACAAAACUGAUAUUCCCCCGAAAGCAACACGCCAAUUCGAAGGACAGGUGCUCAUAUUAUAUCACAACACUACUAUGCAACGAAACUACCAGGCCAUGCUGCACUGCGGAGCUGUCCGCCAAACUGUCCGUAUCAUAUCGAUGGAUAACGCUGAGGGGGUCCUGCGGACUGGCGAUCGCGCCACCGUUCAGUUCGAAUUCAUCACCCAACCUGAGUUUGUCAAAGUUGGAAUGAAGUUACUGUUCCGUGAGGGUAAGACCAAGGGACUUGGUGUGAUCACUCGUCUGCUAUGACAGAUGGGUGCAUGAUUGUGAUUCGUCGACGUCCUAACUCAGAGGAGGGCGUCCACGGUUCUUCACAUUCACUAGUCACCCUCUUCGCCUCCGUCACAUUUAAUUACACAAUCGUUCUUCUAGCGUCGGCUUGCUUGGCUGACUACUGGAGUGUGGCAUGAGGAAUUGUAUGUUUGGGUAUUUCAUUCGUAAUUUGCAGUAAUGGACCUAAGGCGAUAGCGUCCA